UCAUAACAGCCGUAGCGAAAACAAGGAUUGAAUUUGAACUCAACGUCUCAGGAACAGAUAGAUCGUACGACGUGUCUGAUAUAACAACUUCUUUUCUCUUCUCAAGAGGUCAUGCACCGCGUCGUGGACCUGUUACUCAUAUGCAGUUUUCUACACCCUUAUUUUCAUCGUAUAGAAAGCUUCGUAACUGAUUGCCAAAGUCUUCACUCGUUUCGAUGCGAGAACAGCAAGUGCAUACCAUUCACAUUCGAGUGUGACGAAUAUGAUGACUGUGGCGAUAAUUCGGACGAAAGAAAUUGCGAGGACUUUAAGCUGAUAGUGCCCGCUUCCAUCCAAUGCGCCAGAGACGAAUUUAGGUGCGAGGAUGCCAAAUGCAUACCAAAGGGAAAAUUUUGCGAUGCAGUGCCCGAUUGCGCGGACAAAAGCGACGAGUACAUUGGCUGUGUGAAAAAAUUGAAGUGCAGAGGCAAAUUUCGUUGCUCCGACGGGCAUUGUAUAGCGAGGGACUGGGUCUGCGACGGCGCAAUGGAUUGUCCCGAUGGCAGUGACGAGCAAAAUUGCGGCAAUAAAAUAUUAAACGCGAGCGAUUGUACAAAUAAGAACGAUCGAUACCUGUGUAAAAAUCAAAGAUGUAUUUCUCUUAGCACGGUAUGCAACGGAAAGGACAACUGCGGCGAUGGAUCUGAUGAAGGCGUCGGUUGUAAAAAUAGUACAAUGUCAUGCGCAUCAAUGGGAUGUAGCGAUAUGUGUAGGAUGACUCCUAACGGACCUGUUUGCACCUGUCGAGCUGGUUAUAUAUUGCAAGAUAAUCGCACGUGCAUAGACAUCGACGAGUGUGCAAUUUAUGGGACAUGUGAUCAACGAUGUAUAAAUACAAAAGGGUCGUACAAGUGUAUCUGUCAAACGGGUUAUAUGUUGCUGGACGACAUGAGAACCUGUCGUGCGGACGGUGGCGAAGCUACAAUGAUAUAUUCUACGACAACAAAGAUCCGAGGAGUGUACCUAACUUCGGGAAUGUAUUUUACCGCAGUGCGAAACUUGAGCCAUGUUGUCGGUGUCGCUAUGAACAAAGAUUAUAUAUAUUGGUCCGAGGUAGCGCAAGGCAACGAAGCGAUUGUGAAAAGUAAGCUCUACAGGAGAAAGAACGAAGUUAUCGCUACAGCAGGCUUAGACGUGUUGACGGAUAUAGCUGUCGACUGGAUCACAGGUAACAUAUAUUUCACAGACGAAGGUUACGCGCGUAUCGGAGUUUGCGACAACAACGGCACAUACUGCACCGUAUUAAUUAACGAGCAAAUUAAUAAGCCGAAAGGACUCGCCUUAUUACCAAAUAAGGGAAUAAUGUAUUGGAGUGAUUGGGGCCCCAACGCACAUAUAGCGAUGGCAGGGAUGGAUGGCAAAAAUAGUCAUUUAUUCGUCACUAAAAAUAUAAAAUGGCCAAUAAGCGUGACUAUCGACUAUCCAAACAACCGAUUAUAUUGGGUUGACGCUAAAUUGGCUGUUGUCGAAUCAAUACGUUUAGACGGCAGCGAUCGAAGGACAGUAUUGCACGAACUUAUACAACAUCCAUUUUCCUUGGCGGUCUUUGAAAAUAAAUUGUACUGGAGUGACUGGACCGAGAAAACUAUACAAUCCUGCAAUAAGUUUACCGGAAAAGAUUGGGAGAUUAUGACUCGUACUAGCAAUACACCGUACGGCGUACAUAUCGAACAUCCAGCGUUAAAGCCUAAAAUUCGCAAUCCAUGUUACUCGAAGCCUUGCUCACAGCUAUGCAUGUUGAAUCAAAAUGAAAGUUAUACGUGUGCUUGUACCCUAGACAAGGAUCUGAAGUCCGACAAACACACCUGCCGAGAUAUGAGCAAGAGACAGCACAUUAUUAUUGCUGCUAAAGGCGUUUUCAUAGACUAUUAUCACGAAUUAUUGGGAAAACCGAAAAUAACUGCGAACGAAACCUACCGACAUAUCACCGCGGUAACAUACGAUUCGCUUUCUGGCGUCAUAUUUGCAAGCGAUCAAUUUAAAAACAACAUCGUCCGUUACGAUCCAGUCCACGGCGAUACUGAGACUUUUAUAUCCAUGAGGAAUGAAAUUUUAGGAGGAAUGGCCUUUGAUGACAUUGGUAACAAUUUAUACUUGUCGGACAUAGAACAAAGAACUAUCGAAGUACAUAGUCUAUCGAGCACAGCAAACACGACCUUUUAUUUUGAAGAACAGCUUUACGACAUUGCAUUGGUGUCUGAAGAAGGCGUAAUGUUUGUGGUAUUCCGAGGCGAGAAUGGCUAUCAUAUAGAUAAAAUGCAUAUGACUGGAAUUGGUGUGAGAACGAAAUUUGUAGACAGCGAUUUGUUGGGCCCGAAGGUGUCGUUGUGCUACGACAGAGACCAGAGAAAAAUUUUUUGGGGCGAUCAAGGCACUGGCAGUAUUGAAAGCGCUGCGAUUACAGGUUUCAACAAAUAUCUCUUCCGUACCGGCCUAAAUGAGCCCGUGAGUCUUACUAUCGCUGGAGAAUACAUCUUCUGGACUCAACGCAGAUCAGAUAGAUUGUUCUGGGCAGAUAAAAACGAUAUCCAUCAGAAGAACAACGGUGUCCUAAUUCCCACAUUAGACAAAGUAGAAAUAGCGCAUCUGAUAGCUUUACAUGGGAUCACUGUCCACGAGGAGUACGGUUGUCGCAAAAACAAUGGCAAUUGCUCGCACGUGUGCUUACCAUCUUCUGAUACAUCGUAUAUUUGUGCUUGCCCUUCCGGAAUGACGUUAAGCGCGGAUAAUCAUACAUGCAGUGGACAAUCUAUCUGUCCAGCUGGCGAGAUUAAAUGCGGUGGGUCAAACGACGUCUGUAUAAAACGGCAGCAAUGGUGUAACGGUAUCAAAGAAUGCCCGGACGGUGAGGACGAGCCAAAUGGCUGUAAGGAAUCCGGCCACUGCGGGAAAGAUAAAUUCAUGUGUAAAAAUGGCCAGUGCAUAAAUCGGGAAGAUUGGUGCAACUCGCGCUACGAUUGCGCUGAUAGGUCCGACGAAGAUGAGGAAAAGUGCAAGGCUGCAUCUUGUCGAAAAGACGAGUUCCGAUGCCACGAGGGAAAUUGCAUAUCGAGUUCUCUAGUAUGCAACGGCCAAUUUGACUGUUUCGAUACUUCCGACGAGCUAAAUUGCGAAACACACAAAUGCUCCUCGAACGAAUUUACGUGCGACAUGCGAAAGUGCAUUCCGAAAAUCUGGAAAUGCGACGGUCAAACUGAUUGUCCGGACGGUUCGGACGAAGCCGUAAAGAUCUGCAAGACAAGCGUAUGCAACGACGGGCAGUUUAGGUGCGCCAAUGGUCGUUGCAUAUCUUCUUCAAUGAAGUGCGAUGGCUUCAAUGAUUGCGGCGAUGAGAGCGACGAGCAGCAUUGUCUGAGCGGAAAACAUGGUCAUACUGGUAAUUGCACUGACGGCGAGUAUCCAUGCUAUAACACAGAUAUAUGUCUUCCGAAGAAGGUGAGAUGUAACGGUGUCCAGGAUUGUCCAAAAAACGACGACGAGCACGAUUGUGCUUACUGUUUCGAGGAUCAAUUCACCUGCGACAAUCUCAAGUGUAUCCCGCAGACUUGGGUAUGCGACAAAACCGAUGACUGUGGUGAUAAGUCAGACGAGAAGGGGUGCGGCAGGAGUAACUGGAAGAAAACUGUAGUGAAUUCAUCCGACAUAUGUGAAGAAUUCAUGUGUUCCAGUGGCACUUGUUUACCAUUUAGCAAAGUAUGCGAUGGUGUACAAGACUGCCCAGACGGUAGCGACGAACAAGAAAAAUGCGCAACAUCGUGUAUGCAGAACAACCGCUGCCACGGUCUAUGUCACAAGACGCCUCGGGGUGGAGUUUGCGGCUGUGUAAAGGGAUAUCGCCUAGCCGCCGACAUGGUAUCCUGUGACGAGAUAAACGAAUGCGAACAUGACGUUUGCUCGCAGUUAUGCCACAACAGUGCGGGCUCUUUCGUGUGCUCGUGUUUCGACGGCUACAUUAUUCGUGACGAUAAGAUUUCUUGUAAAGCCAUCGGACCACCGAUGGAAUUGAUCGCCGCCACCGAUAGAGACAUCAGAAAGAUAUCGUCGAAUGCGCAAUCGAUCGAUGUGAUCUAUUCGUUACCUGGCUUGAGCGUAAGCGGCCUCGACGUGAACGCAAUCGACGACGCGAUUUACUGGAGUAACGAUAACUUGGGCACAAUUAAUAAACUCAACGUCAAGACGAAAGAAUCCAAGUUUGUCACAAGUGUUGGAAAUCCGGAAGCACUUGCAGUCGACUGGAUCACUAAUAAUAUCUACUUUAACGACAACAAUCGUCCAAAUACGAUCAAGGUAUGUAAUUUGGAACAAGGGAAAUGCGCGACAAUAGCCACGAUGGAAGGUGUUGGUAAGGUAACGGCCCUUGCAGUUGAUCCGAAAAAUAGAUGGUUGUUCUGGAGUCAAACCAAUUGGCAAAUGUACAACAACCCAUUCAGUGAAAUAUAUCAGACAGACAUGAUGGGCUCCAAUAUGAAGAUAAUCGCUUCUCGAAACGUAGGCGUCGUGAGUGGAAUGGCGAUCGAUCGUAUGAAAUCUAAACUCUACUGGACGGACAGCUUUUACAGAACCAUCGAAUCGUCUAAUUUGGAUGGUACUGGACGCAGCACAUUCUUAAAAACAGACAUAUAUCGACCAUUGAGUAUCAAUAUUUACGAAAAUUCGCUUUACUGGCUGAUGGGUUCAAACGGCCAGUUGCAAAAGUGCCAGCUCUAUGGCGAAAAAUUGUGCGAAUUGGUGAACUUAGGUUCGGCUAAUAUUUACAAACACUUCGCUAUCCUACAUGUUUCUAAUCAUCCUCCCGCCGAGAAUCCUUGCAAGGAUCGGAACUGCAACUACAUGUGCGUUUUGAAGGACAAAGAUACGGCAUGUAUUUGCCAAGAUGGUAAACCGACAGGUCUCAACAGCAUUUGCACGGCAGAUAUUCCGAGUAACAAUAAAGCAACGUUCGCUUCGAACAACACCGACAUUCGAGCAGAACCCAUUAAGCAUUACAAUAGCUUCUACAGCGGAAUAUUUAUCGCUUUGGUGAUCAUUAUAUUGAUUCUUUCCGGUUAUUUUUAUCACCAAAAAAAUAAAUUAAAGAUGACUACACUGAACAAUCUUAGCAGUAUUCGCUUCCAAAAUCCAUCAUACGAUCGGAGAGAUGAGGUCGCGGCGACGCUCAUUUCGACAGCUUCAAAUAUAUCUCCCGGGCAACACGAGUAUACAAAUCCUAUUAGCAACAAGUUAUUAACGAAUAUUGCUGCGGAAGAAAGUGGGAUAAAGCAGUCAGAAACGACAAAUGCGAGUCAAUCGGGAAAAGAAGGCGAAGUGGCACAAAAAAAAGAUACCCUCAUCUCUUUCGUGCGAUAAAAAUAUAAAAUUCAAGGUUACAAUAGGAAACAUAAUAGGAAACCUUAAUAAUAGGAUUAAAAGGUUCGAACAAGAAUCUUUAUAUGGUUUUAAAGUGCGUUUCAAAUUAUGGUCGUUACAGCAAUGGCAUUCGUGUAGAAGUAGAUCUGGUGUAGUAAUGUACAUAUAAUGUAAAAGUACACAUGUACGUAUAUAUAAAUUAUACAUCUCCGUUAUAUAUAUUACAAGUACAACUACGAUAUGAUACGAUAUUAUAUACAUUGAGGGGCCUGUCUGAAUAUGCUAUCACUCAAACAAACAAACGUAUUACAACAUAUUAAGUAUGUUUCGAGAUUUACAUUUCUCUAAAAUUUGGUGAUGGUUCCCAUCUCAUUCAACAUUGUUUACGUCACUUUAAGUAGUGCGUUGUCGAGAAGAGAAACGUGGUUGUAUAAAAUAUUGCCCAAAUAUAUUUAUAUUAGCGAAUAUUUAUUUUUCUAUUCUAUUUUAAACAGGCUACACGCCGAAGCGUAACAAGAUAAUUGCAUUAUCGUAUUCCAGAUUGUAUUAAAAAGGGUUAAAAAAUUGCCGAGAUCUAUACAUGUAUAUACACGUAUCUUUAUGUCAACAUAAUGUAUAUAUUUUCAUAUAUAUUACCUAUCGUGCACAAAAAUACUUCUUCCACGAUCCUAUAUAAAAUAAUAAUUCUUAUUUUGUGUAACAAGAUAACAAAUUAAAACAAUCGUAAUUAUAUUCCAUUUACAAUUUUGUGUACGUGUGUGUGUGUGUGUGUGUGUGUGUGUGUGUAUAAACAUGACUAACCCCAGUUUAAUGUUAAUCGUGACGUGUAAUAUUAAAAUCGAGUUUUUAAUUUAUCAUUACAUGUGAAAUUAAAGAAAAUUGUCAUUACAAUAUUAUUAAAAGUACUUACAGGUUUUACAGCCAUCAACGCGAGUUUGAGUUGUCUCGUAAAGAAAAAAAAAAAAA